UUCAGUUUGUGUUUUAUCGUCUGUUACAAACAAUUAUUGUAGAGUCGAAGUGGAGACGCAGUGGAUGGAAACGUCAGUGGAGUGGUGAGAAGCCGCGCCAAGGAGGGCAACGGCUUGGUCCAUCUUGGCGCCACGCGAGGACCCCUUCUUCUCGUCUCGUGCUUGCCACGUGGCACAAAUCCAACGGCAUUCCCGCGACGCCGUCAUUGACGUCUUCCUCAUCCCUGAUUUCAAGACAUUCAAAUAAACUUGUCAGCUUCACUUCACAGCUUCAGAAAGUUUCCAGCAAUGGACGCCAAGCGCCGGAAGCCCUUGCAGACCAAGCUUGAGCGCCGAAACGCCAUGAAGAACAUAGAUUACCAAGCUCCCACCACCUCAUACGACGAAGUCGCUUCUCUUGACCUUUUACGCCAAACCAGCUACAGGUUAAAGGGCUUCGACGAUGAGGUUGACCUUCUUUUUCGCGGUUUAGGACUUUCUGGACCCGAAGACUUUGAAAUCCCAACUGCAGAAUGGAGAGCCCGAGAGGCUCGCUCUAUCCAUAGUGAUAGUAACCCACUGAUUGAAAAAGCACGAGAUGAAAUUCAAAUUCCUGCUGAAUUUCAACGCCGGGUUGAAAUUAAUAGUGAUAUAGAGCUAAAAGGUAAGAAAUUGCAAGCUGGGAUGGAGAGGAAGAUUACUGUUGCUUAUUCUAAUUCGAAUGCUUUGGGGUCCAAUCAGGAUGGUGGUAGAGUAAUCAAAAGUGUUAGGCCUUCUGUUCUAUUGCCUCCGCCGCCGGGGAUGGUGCGGCGGCCAAUCGCUAACAGGGUUACUGAUUUUCCAAUUCAAGUUAGACGCAUUAGGUCUACUGGCGAAGAUGAAGUGAGGGUCCCUAAAGGAAAUGAGGAGGCUGUUGACGGAGAUGAAGAUGGUGGUGGUGGUGAUAAGGGUACUGGUGUGGUUGAUGAGUCAGUUCUUAACGUCUCACCAUAUGGGUCAUUUAGAUGCGCUUUCUCCUGUUGGCAAAAGGGAGAGAUUCUGGGAAAGGGGUCAUUUGGUACGGUUUAUGAAGGCUUUACGAGUGUGAGCAGUGAUGGGUUCUUCUUUGCUGUGAAGGAGGUUUCUUUGCUGGAUGAAGGAAGUCAGGGCAAACAGAGCAUUUUCCAACUUCAGCAGGAAAUAUCUCUCUUGAGUCGGUUUGAACAUGAGAACAUAGUUCGAUAUCUUGGCUCAGAUAAGGAUGAAAGUAAGCUAUAUAUCUUCCUUGAGCUUUUAACAAAAGGGUCCUUGGCAAAUCUCUAUCGAAAGUAUCAUUUAAGGGAUUCUCAAGUUUCUGCAUACACACGGCAGAUUUUAAGUGGCUUGAAGUAUCUUCAUGAUUGUAAUGUGGUUCACAGGGACAUCAAGUGUGCUAAUAUAUUGGUUGAUGCAAGCGGAUCAGUAAAGCUUGCAGAUUUUGGAUUGGCAAAGGCAACUAAGUUUAAUGACCUUAGAUCAAGCAAAGGCUCCCCUUACUGGAUGGCCCCUGAGGUUGUAAAUUUAAAGAGCCGCGGCUAUGGUCCGGCAGCCGAUAUAUGGAGCCUAGGAUGUACAGUUUUGGAGAUGUUGACUCGACAGUCUCCUUACUCUGAAUUGGAAGGGAUGCAAGCAUUAUUUCGGAUUGGCAGGGGCGAACCUCCACCAAUUCCUGAAUCAAUAUCGAAAGAUGCUCGAGAUUUUAUUCAAAGAUGCAUACAAGUUAACCCUGAAAAACGGCCAACCGCAGCUAUAUUGUUGGAACAUAAAUUUGUAAAAAGAAAAUUCUUGCCUCCAAUAAUUCCUGCUCCUCCACUUGUUAAUGAUUUUCGGUCUUGAAGGUUCUCAAAUCUCAAUCAAGCAUGUUGGCGUUCACUAAGAAAGUCUUUCUACUUAUCAUUCAAUCAAGGAGACACUCAUUUCAGGCUUUGUAUUAUGGAAUUGUUACGAGUCCCAAACUGAAGAGUCUCACAAGUGAAGUGUGAUAUAUAAGUUCAAGAGGCUCUUUCACCCAAUAAACUAGUUUUUUGGGAUUGAUUCUUUCUUUGGACUUAUGCUUGUGACAUUGGCGCUUUCACUAAAGGCUGAUAUUAACUGAGGAUUUUGACUGGCCAUAGGCUGAGUGAAGUGUCAUGAAGUAGAGCUGAUCUCAAACAGGAGUGCAUUGCACGUCUCACAUCGGGGAACCUCAUAAGUGAAAUGUGGUUAGGAUCUCUCACCCAACAGGCUAGUACUUUGGGAUGGGUUUACCUUCUGGACUUGUGCUCAUAAUAGGAAUGUAACAGAAAUUCAAUAAACAUGCUGAAAGCCACCAGAGUUUUCACCGACAAUCCUCAAUCCGUUGGUAAGCGUCAUCUCAAUCCGCUGGCAAUUGUCAUCUGAAUCCCCAAGGCUUGGUCCCUUGCCGAGGAAGGUAGGUCCAAGAAAAGAAAAAAUUUCACCUCAUGAAUGGCUCUUGUGACUGACUCAGGCAGCCCUCAAAUGCCUAAAAUCCUCAACUGAUCUAUGCCUAGUUUUAGUCAAAGGCAGGUCAUCCAUGAGAGAACUGGAAAAUUUACAAGAGAAUUUAGACAAGCUCUCAACUGCAGCCAUUGUUGUGGUCGGCAUGAGCUCACAAUUGGAUUCUCUACAUUCAUAAGUUCACAAAGAGAGGAUAACACAAAAGGAAUUGUGGAUAAGGCUCACAUCUUAUCUACAUAUUCAUGAUCUCUUUUAGAAUGCAUCAUAUGAAUUACUUUUUCCUUAGUCUACUGGUAUGUAAAUGUUUAAUUUUUUUUCCCCCCAGCAAAAAAUGGUUCAAAACUGGAAGCUUUUGCUGCUCUGAAAUCUCAUGAUCCGGAAUUAUAUUAAGAUGACUCUCUUUUUUGUUGC